UAUAAAAAAAAUAAAAAAAAUUAGGGUUGUGUGAUUAUGAAUGUAGAAAAAAGCAGUAAUAUUUAUGGUUAGGAAUGGGGCAAGUGACGUUGAGAGGAAGUAGUAGAGAAAGAAAGAAGAGUGAGGAGGGUAAGCGAAUGCUGGUUGUAAGGGAGGCAAUGAUUCAGACACAACCACCCUACUACUCAUCAUCUUCACUCCACUCCACUACUUAAAUAUCUCACUACAUUUAUUCACUCUUCUUCAUUCCACCAAACCAAACCCUUCCAUAAUAUAAUAUUCCCACUCUUAAUUAUUCCUUCAAACUUCAAUUUCUUAAACCAUAUUCUCAUACAGAGAUGCGAAACAUGGCCAGCUCCGCUUCCUCACGAGGCAUUGCAGCCAUCGUCGGCGUGGGCCCCAACCUCGGUCUCUCCAUCGCUCGCAAGUUCGCUCACGAAGGCUACACCGUCGCCAUCCUCGCUCGUGACCUGGGGAGAUUGUCGAGAUUCGCGGACGAAAUAGCGAGGGAAGAGAAGGCGCAGGUUUUCGCCAUAAGAAUAGACUGUUCCGAUUCCCGAAGCGUGAGAGAGGCAUUCGAGGGAGUGCUGUCUCUGGGAUUCGUCGAAAUUCUCGUCUACAAUGCAUACCAACCCUUAUCUUCUUACCCCACCUCCUUCCAAGACCUUCGCAUCGAUUCCUUCCACAAAUCCCUUGCCGUUUCUUCUGUCGGUGCCUUUCACUGCGCUCAACAGGUGCUGCCCGGCAUGGUUGAAAGAGGAAAGGGAACCCUUCUCUUCACCGGCUGUUCCACGUCUCUCAACGGCAUUGCUGGAUACUCCGAACUAUGCUGUGGGAAAUUUGCUUUGAGAGCACUGUCGCAAUGUUUGGCCAAGGAAUUUCAGCCUCAGGGAGUGCACGUAGCUCAUGUUAUCAUCGACGGUCUUAUUGGCCCACCCAGAGGAGCAACAUUGACGACGUCAUUGCAGAGGGGUAAUUCAUCGGGGGAGCAAAGCAGUGGAGUAAUGGGAGGAGGAGGAGAGAGUACAAUGGACCCGGACGCACUGGCUCAAACCUUCUGGCACUUGCACGUCCAGGACCGGAACGCAUGGACCCAGGAGAUGGAUCUUCGUUCCCCUUCUGCCAGAUUCUUCUAGUCACUCCUAUUAAUUUCAUGUCCCCCCUCAAUUAUUUCUUUUUCACUCUAUACCAUACUACAUUCUCCUCUCCUACACUAUACGGUCCAAUGCCAAUCAUUUUUCAUCUAUGAUUUUCCAAUCACCUCUUUGGGGGGGGCUUCUUCUCGGUGUGCUUGCUUUGCUACCUAUGUGUACAGAGAUUGUUAAUUUGGGUGAGUUAAGUAAUUACUGUUUUUGUUGUAGAGAUUGAGAAAGAAAAAAACAAGAAGAAGAAAAUGAUGUAUUAUAUUAGCGUGUGAUGUCAUCGUCCCUUUGUGUGCUAAUUUGGUUUUGGAUUAUUGUGUUUUGUCAGAUUAUAUUUGUCAUUUAGAAAAUCGUGGUUAAUGAGUAA